UGGUUUAUCCAUUCCCCUUGUAUUAUCAUUUGCACAAAUCUUCCUACCUAAACCUGGUUUCUCUCCGUUUUCCAGCCAUGUUCUUCGAUCCCGAUCAUCGACUGUCGAUGCUCAAUUUCAUGUAAUCAGCUCCUUCGUUAUCGCCAUCAAUCAAAUCACGUCUCAUUUGUGGCUUUUAAUUUGUAUAGUCAUCGGGAUCUAAUCGAAUUGACGAUCGAGUCGUUUUGAUUAGGGUUUGGCCGUUUAGUUUCUUUUCGUUGUGGAAACUAGGGUUUGAAAAGCAUCGAACAAUGCAUUCGGUGCUUUCACUCGAAUUUAUUACUCCCCCUUUGCUUAACUCUUUUUAUGGCGGUCGUUCGUGUUCUCAUCGUUUGAAACGUCGUCUUCAUAAAGGAGAUCGUCGUGGUAAUCUUAGUUAACAAUAGGCCUGUUUUUCUGUUUUCCUCCCUCUAAUUAGCAUCCGUCAUCUCUUUCUACAUCUGUCUGUUUUUCUUCUCCAUUACCUUACUGAUCUGACACGGUCAACUAGCUAUAUCUGUUUAUUCCGAAAUCGAUCGACAAUCGAAAAUCGCCUUAAGACAUACGGGACUGGUUGGAUUCAUUUCUGCGCCUGAGAAGUUUGGUCUAGCCAGAUCUAAUCUGCCGGAGAAGGUUUCUUGUAACACUUUCGCUUCUGAAGCUUCAACAGUGCAGUCAGUUAUUUCAAAAUCCCCGAUUUUUUUUUGCAAAUGGACAUUUGCUCCGACACUGAUUUGUCAGUUGCUGAUAAUGCCGACGAUCUUCAUGAUCUGCAAAACGAUCCACUCGAACCCACUCAUGGAGCCCUUAAACCCCUUUCUGUGGAUGAACUAAGCAUUAAUGUCACCGAGUUUCUCAAUAUUCAAGAUGACACAAAUGAGGAUUCAAACUCCUCACCAUCCCAUAAACCUAAAGACACAACAACAACUCAACCUCCUGAAAAUUGUCUCAGCAGGUCUGCAACAUUUCCUUGUCCAGAUUCCAUCACCUUACACGAUGACAAGAUCAAAUCUUUGGAUCAAUCUGGAUUCCGUUCCAUUUCUUUACCUACCCAUUUGAAGGCUGUAUCUGCCAUGAAAGGUAGCCGUGAGAAACGUGGAGUGGCUCCACCAGUGAAGCUGAGGGUAAAAUGGGCACCAGAUGUGUACGAUCCGAUUCCCACUUCAGUAUCACAUGUUGUAACAAGCAACAGGUCAUCAAGGCAUAGUAGCAAGAAGAAUUCAAGAAACAAGCAAAAGAAUGGAAGCAAAUCAUCAUCACGUGGAAGUAAAGGUAAAGAGAAGAAGCAUGUAAGAAAACGUGGUGGAAACUCUUCAAGCACAGGGUACAAGUUGCAUGAGCAUGAAGAAGAAGACGAUGAUGGAGUUGUUUUUCAUGAUCAGUUCUGUGGAAGCAGCUUUCUCAAGGGUUAUGGAACCAACUUGCACCUUUCAUCUGUUGCAGAAGCUACUUAAGCUUUUUGUGAUCAUGAUGAUAACUGGUUUCCUGUAAAUAGGAUAAUAAUAAUAAUAAUAAUAAGAUUGCAGUUUUGUUGUGAAGACGCUAGUAUGAGUGGUUUGUUUGGAUUUUUGUAGAUAUCUUGUCUUGAAUUCUAGUUUGUUUUUUUUCAUUGAAUGGAAGUAUUGCAUGUUAUUUUA